UCGCAGGAGAACAGGGAUGCUGCAUCAGUGGAAGAACUGCGGACCAGGGUGGAAAAACUCACCGAACAGCUGGCAGCCGUGAAGACGGAAUCGCGGAGGCGCGCUCGAAACAGAGAGUGCUACAUGUGUGGCAGGCCUAGCCACAGGAAGACUCAGUGUCCCCGUAAACGAUUGCCUGUACACACUAAAACCUUAGAAUACUCCUCUUUCCUGGGUGGGUCGCGAUUAGCGCACAGACACAAGCUACCAUACAAGCCAUUGUCGAGUUUACAGUUGAAAGUUUGUUGCCAUUUUGAAGAGUACACAAGCCGCUUCGUGGUUCCUAUACGCUCCUAUUGUGAAAUGGAUGUCCAGCGCUCUAUGCUAGUGCGUCGUAUACACGCCCAUAAUUUCGACCCGAUAUCUGGCAAGACGGUCCGCCUGUGUAUAUGCACUGUGAUUUCCGCAGUGAAUUCAGAGAAUUGCGGCCUCACCGUCGUUGCUUUGGUUAGUUGA